AUGAGGAGAAUAAUUCGGUCUCCGGGUUAUUGUGGGGAAUGUGAAGCUAAAGCUGGUCCACCACUACCACCGCUUCCACCACCCCCACCAGGUAUCCCACCCUUCCCAGUAUUUCACACAAAACAAUGGAGUGGACUUACACGUAGCCACGACGGAUUAAAUCAAGGACUAUUUAGUGGAGCUGCCGCUGGAAUAGGUGGUGGCGUUCAAUCUGGAAGCCAAGCAUUUUCUUUGGCUUCAACUGCCGUUGGUGCUGAUACGGGUGCAGAAUCGGUUACACAGGAACAGUCAUCUUAUAAUAAAGAUGGAAAAAUUUCUGAUAGUUUUGGUCAAUCAUCGGGUGGUGCUGGUGUCUUUAAUGGACAGAACGGUGGAUUUGGAGGCUUAGAGAAAUUUAGUGGAGGCAAAGGAAGUUUCAAGGAAUCUCAUUUCUCAUAUCAAAGUGAAGGUGGCAAGCAAGUUGCAUUUCAGAAAGGCCUUGGUUUCCAAGCUCAAAAAUUUAAUUCUGGAUCUAGCUAUGGUGCACAUGGUAAAGGUUUCGAAAUUUCUGGAAACGAACAACAAAAACAACAAUUACAGCUGGAAUCUCAACACGGUCAAGCAGAAGGAUCUGGAAGUGGACAAGGAGGUCUUGGUUUUGUACACGGCACUGGGUCUGAAUGGGGAGGAAAUUUCGAAAACAGUGAUUCUAAAUAUGGAAGCCAAAAUGCUCAUCACGGUCAUUUUGCAUCGGGGUCGGGCUAUAGGGCUGAAAUGUCCGGAAACGAACAACAAUUACAGAUGGGAUCACAAGUAGCAGCUUCUGGAAGUGGACAGGAAGGCACAGGCUAUGAACAUGGUAGCAGUGCCGAAUCGGCAGAACAUUUCGAAAGUGAUGGUUCUAAACAUGGAAGCCAAAAUGCUCAUCACGGUGAUUUUACUUCGGGAUCGGAUUAUAUUGCAUAUGGUAAAGGCUCCGAAAUUUCUAAAAAUGAACAACAAUUACAGAUGGGAUCACAAUAUGCAGGAUUUGGAAGUGGACAAAAAGGCACGGGCUAUGGACAUGGUAGCGGAUUCGAGUCGGCAGAUCAAUUCGAAAGCGGUGGUUCUAAACAUGAAAGCCAAAAUGCUCAUCACAGUGAUUUUACUUCGGGAUUGGGCUACAGUACACAUGGUAACAGCGGAUUUUCUGGAAACGAACAACAACAAUAUCAAAAACAACAACAACAACUACAAAUAGGAUCCCAAAAUAGUUAUGUAUCCGGCUCUGAAAGCGGGCACGAAGGAUUUUUAUCAGGAGCAGGUUCUUUAAAUUCUCAUAAUGGUGCUUCUGCUUCCAGUGGCUAUGGAUCUAAACAACAAGAAAAACUACAGACGGGUUUAAGCGGAGCUCUCAAGCUUGCUUCUGAGGGCUUGCAACAAACUCAACAGCAGCAGGGUGGAUGUAGCACUUGCGAUAAAAGCAGUUACGCUCUCAGUAACGCUAAAAGUCACAGUGGCUCAGCUAUUGCACUUUCUGUCGCUGGUUAA